AUGCUUCCAAAGUUACUAUUCAUUUCUAUACUUGUCUCCUUCAUUUUGAGUACUCAUUCUUACAAUAUCCAAUGCCUUCACCAUCAAAAAACCUUGUUGCUUCAAUUCAGGAAUGAGUUGUUCUUCGAUCCUUCUAUUUCAACAAAACUUGUGCAAUGGAAUGAAAGUGAUGAGUGCUGCAAGUGGCCCGGUGUGGAAUGUGAUGCUGCUGGCUACGUCAUCAGUUUGCAGCUCGAUAAUGAUUCCAUUGCUGGUGAAAUCGCGGAUUCAUCGAGUCUUUUCAAACUUAUGCAUCUGCAAAAGCUAAAUCUAGCCUUCAAUUAUAUCAACUACACUCUCAUUCCAAGAGGUAUUCACAAUCUGACUUAUUUGACACACUUGAAUUUAUCCAAUGCUGGAUUUGGUGGGCAGGUUCCAGCUGAAAUUUCUUCCUUGAGGAGGUUGGUUAGUCUCGAUAUCUCCUAUUUGACAACAUCUGUGAAACUGGAGAUGCUUAUCCAAAAUCUAACAGGGCUUCGAGAGCUCUAUCUUGAUAGUGUCAAUGUUACUUCCCCUCAUGAGAGCAGAAAAUGGAGCCACAUUAUAUCAUCAUAUUUACCCAACCUCACCACCUUGAGCUUGCGUUCUUGUGGUUUGUCUGGCCCUUUAGCUAAGUCCUUUGGGCAACUCCAUUCCCUUUCCAUCCUUCGACUAGAUGAGAACGAUCUUUCAACAGAACUUCCAGACUUGUUUGCCAAUUUUCCAAGUUUGACCACCUUGACUCUUGCUAACUGCGGUUUGAAGGGUUCGAUUCCAUCCACCUUUGCUAACCUAACCAACCUGAUUUGUGUCGAUUUGUCAGGUAAUUCAUUCACAGGCUCACUUUCUUCUACGCUGUUUGAAGGUCUUUCCAAUCUUGUUUAUUUAGAUUUGUCAAGUAAUUCAUUCCUUGGUAAUAUUCCCCACUCUCUCUUUGCUCUCCCUUCAUUGUUGGGACUUGAUCUUAGCUACAAUCAGUUUAAUGGCACUUUGCAACUAGACGAAUGUCAAAACCUUGCCAAUCUAACCCUACUUGAUCUAUCUCACAAUAGAUUGUCAGUAGAUGUAGGCAACCUCAAUUCAACUUCAUAUGGAAGUCUCCAACUAAAAUACUUAGGACUAGCUUCUUGCAACUUGUCCCAUUUUCCUAAUUUCAUCAAACAUUUGGAUAUAGAAGAAGUGGAUCUCUCAGACAAUCGAAUUGGUGGGGAGAUACCUAGUUGGAUUUGGGGAACACAGCUUCAGUAUUUGAACCUCUCUUUCAAUCUUCUAACACAUCUGCAAAAGCCUUACCAUAUCCCUGCUUCUCUUCGAGUCCUAUACUUGGACUCUAACCAGCUCAAGGGUGAGUUGCACCUGCCCAUUCCACCCGAGUCUCAACUCUGGUACUUGUCUGUUGCUAAUAACAGUUUAAGUGGAUCAAUUCCAACCUCCCUCUGCAGUGCCACGAACCUCGAUGUUCUUGACUUGUCUGGCAAUAGAUUAAGUGGCAGCAUACCCCCUUGCUUACUUGAGCAAUACAUUGGAGCGAUCAAUUUGGGGAGAAACAACAUCAGCGGUAGUAUUCCAGAUAAUUUUCCAAUGGAUUGUAGCCUAUACUAUUUGGAUGUUAACAAUAAUACUUUAGAAGGGAAAAUCCCGAAGUCCCUUGAAAGAUGCGUGGAGUUGUACUUCAUGAAUGUUGGGAACAACAACAUCACUGACAGUUUCCCGUGCAUGCUAUCAUCAUCCAGGGGGUGGUUGCAACUUCUUGUUUUGCGCUCCAACAAAUUCCAUGGAGAGGUGAGAUGUCACAACAUGAGCUGGCCAUAUCUCCAAAUUCUAGAUAUAUCUUCCAAUCAUUUCAGUGGGAAUCUGGAAUCGAUAAACUUUUCUAGUUGGAGUUCAAUGUCGGAAUCAGGUCGCAGCGAAUUGUGGAGCUCUAUCAUAACAUUAACCAUUAAAGGGGUAAUCCGUCAGAUUGAUAAGAUUUGGGCAGACUCUGGCACCAUUGAUUUGUCUUGCAAUAAUUUCGGAGGAGAGAUGCCAACUGCAAUUGGUGAUUUUGGCUUACUUCAUCUUCUCAACCUCUCCCAUAAUGCCCUCAAUGGAAGCAUCCCAAACUCAUUUGGUCAGUUGAGGAAUCUCGAAUCACUCGACCUCUCUGGAAACCGACUCACCGGGCCAAUACCGGUGGAGCUUGCAGGCCUCUCAUUCCUUUCAGUCUUGAAUCUCUCCUACAAUAAGCUGGUCGGGAUGAUUCCAAAUAGCCGUCAGUUUCAAACAUUUUCAGCUGAUUCCUUCAAAGGGAAUGCGGGGUUGUGUGGUUUCAAUCUCAACAUAAGCUGCAGUCCUACUGAUGGCAGCGAUCAUUUGUGGCCAAAAGAAGAUGAAAAUGGGGAAGAGAAGAGUGAGAUAGAGUGGGAAUACGUAUCUGCUGCGCUUGGCUAUGUUGUGGGCUUAGGAAUCAUUGUGUGGCUACUUUUGUUCUGCCGAAGCUUCAGAGGGAAAUACUUUGGAAAAGUGGAAGAGGUGUUUGAAGAUAUAUGCGAUGCCAGAAUCAGAAGAAGGAGAAGAAGAAGACAUGCAAGAAGAGUAGCACUGAGGAAUCAAGUCAUGAGAAGACAAUAG